AUGGUAGAAGCCGCGGAGAAGCCGCGAGAUGCCAGCGACGGAACGGAUGGGUCCGAUGGCGAUAACGACUCCAUUGUCAAAUUCGGAAAACGCAAUUUGCACCCAACGCUACUAGAAUCGUUGGCUCACAAAUAUACAACAUUCACUGAUAUUCAAAAAAAAACCAUUCCAAUCAUACUAGCAGGAAAGGAUGUACUAAUCAAAGCACAAACAGGAUCUGGCAAGACAUUGGCGGCGCUUAUACCAGUGGUUAACUAUCUGUACGAGUCUAUAAGCUCCAUUUCGGAAUCUCAGGUUGUAGUUCUGGUGGUGGUACCUACCACGGAACUCGUCACUCAGACUAUACAAGUUCUCACUAGCCUUCUAAAGAAUCGCAUAGCUGUAAAAGCCGCCGUGGACUCAGAGAGGAUUAUCGCAAAUGUUAUCGUUUCCAAGCCCCAAAACGCAUUGUAUCAUGCCAGGGAACACCAAUCUACGUUAAAGAAGGUGGUUCUUGACGAGGCAGACCUAUUGUUUGAAUUUGGGUUUAAAAAUGAAACCCUUCAGCUGGCGGAAGUACUACGCCAUUUUGGUAGACUCAAGCAUUUCCAAACAAUACUUCUUUCCGCAACAUUAGACCAAGAUGUACAAGGCCUGGCAAACCUCAUUUUAUAUAAACCGGUUUAUGUUGAAGCUGAGUUCAAGCCUACCAUGGGGUCCAUUAAGGAGUUCUACGUGGAGGUAGAGGAAGACGACAAGAGUUUGUACACAUAUGCCUUACUCAAGAUGGAGGCAUUGCCCCAUCCUACGCUUAUAUUCACAAAUUCAGACGAAAGGGCAUAUAUGAUCAAGACGCUGCUGGCGAAGCUGUCCAUAGAUGCACGAACACUCAGCAGACUCCUUUCUCCUCGUAUGCGUCAAGCGUUGCUUACUAGCUUUAACCAAGGGUCAAUAAACGUUCUUAUAGUGGCUGAUGAUGAACGAGGUGACAAGCUCUGUGCAACUCGCGGUGUGGACUUCAAAUCCGUACAGUGUGUCCUGAACUUUGAUGCCCCGGCCGACGUCACGGUGUACACUCACAGGAUUGGUAGAACGGGUCGUAUGGGUAAUGUGGGUAGCAGUAUCACAUUCAUAUGUCCCGGUGAUACAACACUUUUGGAAGAACUGCAGGCAGAUAAGGCACGAAAUGUGCAGCAGCUGCAGGUGGCCAAGGGGGUGUUCGAAUCGAUGAGAUAUCGAGUCGACGAUGUGGCAAAGGGGGUAACCAAGAGAUUGGUGACUACGAGUCAGAUGCAAGCUUUGAGGCAAAGUGCCUUGCUAGAGGAUGCAUUCGUCACCACUCUCAGCAAACGCGACGAAGUACUACUGAAGGCGGUUGUAAAGAACGACGAUAAAAAACUCACCGUCGAAAAACGCCACUUGGCACAUAUACCAAACUACCUAGUGAACGACCCGCUAAAAGCCACUGUGGUCGACCUGCAACAAAAGGUUAAUGUCAACGUGCGGCCGCCUGUGAAAACACAAACGGUACAACGUGAGCCUUCGCAGAAACAACGCGCAAAGGGAAGCAAGAAGACAUUCACCAGAAAAAAGUUGCCAACGUUCAAGAGGCGGAAGAAGUGA